UGGGAGACUGUCUUGCAGAGCCUCAUUCCUUCCUCCCUGGCUUCUUUUGCACAGCAGAUGCGAAUUAACUGCUUUGCCCUGAUUGGCUAUUGAGUUGCUGGGCAAUGCACUGAUUGUUAGAAAAGAUGGCUUUUAGGGUGCAUUUGGCCACUCUUGAAUCUUUUUUUCCCCAAGCUGCCAUGCUAUACCAGCCAAGGAGGGCCUGAUUCCUGUUGGAUGGGUCAGCUGGAUGACCGAAAAAUGCCAUCCAGAGAUGUUCUGAAGGGGUGGUGAAGAGCUCCCGUCUUCAGCAUGAUGUCAGAUUUUUGGAGCCUCUGAACUGAGAAGAAGCGGGGAUUUUUGCCUUGGGGGAAUCACUGACGAACACAGAGAAGAAGAGUGUUCCCUUUUGGGGAGGAGACAGGCAUGGGUUUUUUUAGACUGUCACUGCUGGUUUGUCUCGGAUAAGAUGGUGACGUGGCAGACUACUGAAUUCUGUUAUGUAUAAGUAACCCAAUCCUCGCCAUAUGUAUUGUAUUGCCUGGACCGACAAUAUAUACUUGACAGCCAAGACUUCCAGGGCUUGGAUGAUUUAUGGAACAACCACAACUGUGGAUUUACUGGAUAACUGAGCCGGCAGCCUCGGUCUCCACUGGCAUGAAGCACCACAAGCCAAGCGAACUCUAGCAGAGCUGAAACACGGCACACUUGUGAAACGCAUACUAAUACUGUGGCUUACAGAGCUGACUGUGGAGAGCCCCGGACUGAAUUGUCGAUCUGCUUUAUAAAUAUCUUCUUUUUCCUUUUCCCCGCCUGGCCCAGAGUGAUCACCGAAGAGACCCCGACCUGACUUCCCUUGCCUGCACCAUGUUCUUCAGCAAAGCUAGGUCAUGGCUCCCCGCGUUGCCUUGGCGACGAGGAAAAGCGAAGCAGAUGGAGAAUUCAGGGGAGGAGGCGCCUGAGGCCUUGCCAGAAUGCCCGGCGCCUCCCAAAGCGAGGUGGUGGAGUGGCCGCCGGGUUUGGGAAGCCAUCAGGUGGGGUCGAAGUUCUGCCACAGGAGAGUGUUCCCUCUUCACCGGGAUUCCCCAGCACCUUUCCCCCUACCACAUGCAGGCCACGGAUCUUCCAGAACACUUCCAGAUCUCCUUCAACUUCACUCGCCACCUCUUCGACUUGUGCGUGGUCACGCUGCUCUGCGCCUCCUCUCCUGUGUUCCGGCUGGCCUUGGACAUCCUGGGCUUUGGCGGUCCCCUGAAGAUCUGGCUCCAUGGAUUUGGCUGUUUUUUGGUCACCGCGUACGGGAUGUACUUGGCCCUCUGGCUGGUGCAGGAGUACCUGGUGCAGUUCGCCUGCCUCUACGGCUUCCUGCAGACCUUGGUCUUGUGUGUCAGUAUGCGGGCCGGAGAAUAUGAGAACCAGGAGGCAGGCCAAGGCCCAGCCCCUGACAUGGCUGAGGAGGAUAAAGAGUCAGAGGUGGAAUUGCACAAACAGUAAUUGCUGGUCUGAGCAGGAAAGAACGUGUUGAUCUGCCUCCUGUAUCUUUUGAGGGAGAAGGGGGCGGGAUGGAAGCCAAAGAGAUCAGCCGAGGAGGUAGCCUCUGGGGACAGUUUUUCUUUUGUAUUUAUGGAUGGCUAGAUGGGCAAAAAUGGGGUUUGCUGUGUGCAUAUUUGCAAAAAUGGAUGCACAGUUACAGGGAAGUGACUCAAGGGAUCCGAUACAGAGUCUUAAUGCGUAAAUGGUUACAAGACCAAUCUGGGAAGCUGGCAGAGAAAUCCAAAAGCAAGCUGUAGGUCUUGGGGAGCAAAUUAGAGGAAGAGAACUGGGCAGAUCUAUGCUUCAAAUUUAGGCCAGCUCGAAAGUGCUUUUUCCUGUCAUAGUUCUUCCCCUGCUGCCCUGAGGAAUCUGGGAAAUGUAGUUUUGGAGAGAAGGACAGGAAGGGGCACUUAAGAGUUCCUUGCUAAGGAUUCUUAGCCCCUUCUUGGGAGAUGAUGGGCAGCAGCUCGGCUAGCACUUUGGAUGGAAAGAGAUGUAAAGACAGCACAUGCCCUUUCCUUUG